AUUGCGUGAAAGUAAAGUGCUAUAUAAUUAUUUGUUUUGCAUUGUACUUUUACUGGAAAACACUACAAAAUUCAGUAAAUAUUGAUAACUGUCUCUUUAAAGCGAUAGGAAUAGUUGACGUCAUUUUGUAACUGCGCAGCGAUCGGCGGAAGGAAGUGGUUUGUUAGGUGGCUGGCGUUAGCGAGCGAGGUUUACGGAGUUUGCUCUUGGUUCUAUGGAAAAGAUGUCAGGAGAGACUGUGGUGAGCUCGGCAGUGCCGGCAGCUACAACACGAACUACAUCUUUCAAAGGCUCCAGCCCCAGCUCCAAGUAUGUGAAAUUAAAUGUGGGUGGAGCGCUGUAUUACACUACAAUGCAGACACUUACCAAGCAGGACACAAUGCUCAAAGCGAUGUUCAGUGGCAGGAUGGAGGUGCUCACAGAUAGUGAAGGUUGGAUUUUGAUUGAUCGCUGUGGGAAACACUUUGGAACGAUUCUCAACUAUCUUAGAGAUGGAGCAGUCCCACUACCAGACAACCGCCGGGAGACUGAGGAGCUUCUCGCCGAAGCCAAGUAUUAUCUUGUCCAGGGCCUGGCUGAUGAGUGUUCAGCUGCCUUGCAGAACAAAGUAAGAUAUGAACCUCUUUGCAAAGUGCCUCUCAUGACAUCAUCUAAAGAAGAGCAGAGACUCAUUGCAACCUCAAAUAAGCCAACUGUGAAACUGCUGUGUAACAGAAGCAACAACAAAUAUUCAUAUACCAGCAAUUCUGACGACAACAUGCUAAAAAAUAUUGAACUGUUUGACAAGCUGUCAUUGCGGUUCAAUGGUCGAGUACUGUUCAUCAAAGAUGUGAUUGGAGAUGAGAUUUGUUGUUGGUCAUUUUAUGGCCAGGGCCGUAAGAUUGCUGAAGUGUGCUGCACUUCCAUUGUUUAUGCCACAGAAAAGAAGCAGACUAAGGUUGAGUUCCCUGAGGCACGAAUCUAUGAGGAGACCCUGAACAUCCUUCUGUACGAAUCUCAAGAAGAUCGGGGUCCGGACAACGCUCUGCCAGAACCUCUAGUUACACCUGAGGGGCGACCGUAUCAUCUGGAUGAGGAUGAGGAGCGAGAACGAAUCGAGCGAUUUCGAAGGAUUCAUAUCAAACGAGCUGAUGACCGCACACAUCACUACCAGUGACCUCUCUCCUGUGAUCCAGCUGCCUGUUUCUCUGACCCUGGCCAGUCUCUGCACCAUGCUUGUGCCUUACAACACCCAGCUCCUGUCUCUUUGCCUUCCCAACUGUUACCAGCUUUUCUAGGAGACCACUGGAAGAUGAGUAUUUAGGUGAUUGUGUUUUUUUUUCCUUCUUUUUUUGUCUUUUCUGGUCUUUAUUUGUUCAGCGCUUGAGCUGUAUUGUUUUUUUUUUUUUUUGUUUUUUGUUUUUUUUGUAAGUCAAUAUUACUACUACAGAAGCUUGGAUGUUUGCAUUCAGCACAACAACCAGUUUAAUCAAUUCGUUUAGAGAGAAGGAGAGAGAGAGGACUGUCAGCAUAUGUUAUAGAAGGGUCCUGCUCUCAUCAUGAAAUACAGAAGAAUAACAUUAAACCUUUGUGUUCACCUUAAAAUUAUACUUUUCAGCUUUUUGUCAUUGUGGUUCUUAUAGAUCCACUUUAACAUCACGAGUGGCUGAAACUGGUGUUUUACACAGUGCGGCCACUUUGUGGCAAUAUUGUACUCCUAGAUUACCGUGUCUUUUUGUAGCCUGCUGACAAUUAAACGUCUCUAAAAUAUCAUUUAAUGUAGUUAGAAUAUCACCAAAGGAAGGAACAUUUUACUGUAGUUCUUGGUCUGUUUUUAGUUUUACCAAUAAUUUAUUUCUCUUCACCCCACUAAACAAAUCCUUUUAUGUAAGUGGAGGGAAUUUGAUCUGUGACCUUAGGUGUUAAAUGUACCAGGCUGAUAGAAUGAUGUCUGCUGAGGUUGAAGUGAAUGACUGGAAUUGGAGAUCCUCAGAACUAGGAAGAGGAACCCUGUCUACAAGCUCUUAACAUGGAGUCAGAUUAGACCGGUCCUUCAUCCCAGCAUUCAUCAGAGAUUGUACUGUUUGCACACUAUAGGUUUGAGUUGAAAUGUCUAACGGUCGCAGUACUUGUAGGUCUGUUGUACAAAAGUAAAUGUUUUAUAUUUAUAUACACUUUAUCACAAAUAAAUUUCUAUAAACAAU